UACAUGCAUAAAUCAAGCCAACAGAUAGACAUGUGCAUGUCUAUUUGCGACCCUUCAUGUCUCUUGCUGCUGUGUCGUGCUUACUGACGCUCCUCGUACAGCAACCAGUGGAAUCGACUCUGUAAAUAAUCAACACAUUCAAGGAGCGCAUUUGUGGCGAAAAUGACGGGCAGUGCAAGCGGUAAAACGACCGAUCUCGAUCGCGAGUUCGCCGCCAACACCAGCCUCCACGGCGUGGCCCGGUUCUUCGACAGCACCCGGCUGCCCGUUAGGCUCCUGUGGCUGUCCAUACUGCUGGGCUGUCUGGGCGUCUGCGUCUGGCAGAUCACCGACCGGUUCCAGCGUUACCUCCUGCACGAGGCGACCACGGCGGUGUCGGUGGAAUACGUUGGAGAUCUGGACUUCCCAGCGGUGACAAUUUGUAACUUCAACAGAUACCGCAAGUCAGCGCUAACGGAAGCUGAUGUGGCCAAGCUGAGGGCCUACCAAAGAUAUAUCGAUUAUGACUAUGACUUUUACGACUACGACUCAUCAGUCGGCGGGACGCCCCCGCCUGAUGACAUCUCUGACUUCAGAUUCACCAACUUCACUCUGCGUACGGGCUUCCAAAUGGACGAGGACACCCUCCUCGGCUGCCUGUGGCAGAGUAAUAGGAACAGCUGUACGGCAAAGAAUUUCACUCAUGUGUUCACUCCUUUCGGUAACUGCUGGACUUUCAACUCUGGUGAGGACGGGGAGAAGGACGUACCGAUCUUAAAGCAGACCCAACCCGGAAGCAACAACGGCCUAGUGAUGACCAUUGACAUUCUGCAGCGGGAAUACACUCAGCAUUUACAAAGUGGCUAUGUGGAAGCCGGGUUGAAGAUUCUGGUUCACGAUCAAAAAACACCGCCCCCUAUCGAUUCGGAAGGAUCGGCAAUCGCUCCUGGAGUCCACGCGUUCGUUGGCGUACGGAAAAUUGAGUAUAGCAACCUUGAACCUCCGUGGGGUAAAUGCGACAAAUCGAGGCGUCUGACUUACUAUGACAAAUACACGCUCUCUGGCUGCGUCAUCGAGUGUCGAGCUCGGAAGAUCGACGAGGAAUGCAAGUGCAGACUGUUCAGUCAUCCCGGCAAUGCUGUGGAAUGCACCCCUACUCAAGUCAAGGACUGCGCCAUUCCAGUCAUAGUGAAACUCAGGAGUGGAGAGAGGGCGGGCUGCGGCUGUCCCUUGCCCUGCAACUACAGCGAAUUCCGGACCUCGCUGUCCAUGGCAACCUUGCCCAGCAACAAUCUGAGGGACGAAAUAUGGGAGGAGUUGAGACAGGAGGGCAUCAAUGACACCCUGCCAGAGACCUACAUUAGGGAUAAUUGGAUCCUUUUAGACGUAUAUUACGAGACUCUUAACUACGAGAAAUACGUGCAGUCAGAAGCAAUCACACCGUCAGCUUUAAUCAGCGACAUCGGUGGGCAGCUCGGCCUCUUCCUCGGCGCCAGCUUCAUCACGGUAACCGAGGUUCUUCACUAUCUCGGCUGCAAAGCGGGCCGCUGGAUGACCACCACCUGCAUCAAAGUGGACGGUAAACCUACACACGAGUCAGCUAAAGAAGUGGUCAUGGAAGAAGGCCAACAAACUUCAGGGUCUAAAGACAGCACACUGACAUGACAAAAGUGCCAAAAUUACAAACAAUUCUUUUGGUGUCUACAUCGAACCAGAGGUUUCGCACAGAUACCAAAAAGUGUUAGAUUAAACAUCGCAGUUUUUGCAGUGAAGGACCCACAGGCUGUGUAUCUAUUAUAUUGAGCUGUGAUUAAAAGCCUGGCCUAAACGCUUUGGACGAUCAAUUUUCCUUCAUGUCACAAAGUGAAUGCAUUUCUCUUCAAUUUUAUAUAUAGGACUACUGAUUACGGACCCUAAAGCUUUCACCUGAUUUAUGUAUGGAUCACUGCAUUAGAAACAAAAAUGUAUUACAAAACAAUAAAAAAAAACUAAGGGUUUGUAGUAAACCUUUCUGAGCGAUAUGAACCCGAGAAUCCUGACAUGCAAUUAUCAACGUGCUGUUUAAAAAUCGCUUCACAUGCAAUAUUGACAAUUAAAAAAAUCAUUUUUAAAAAACAAAUUACGUGUACAUAGACAAUAAACAAAAUUUAACAUAUUGACUAAAGGAAUCAGAGCG